AUGAGCCACUCGUUGCCGGCUCCGCACCGGCCCCGGCGCGGCCACGACGCGACACCGCCGCCAGUGCUGCUACCGCCCGUCUCGCUGCUCCAUUGCCUCGUCUUCUGCGUCUGCCUUGCACCGCAGCUGCUCCUGCAGGCGGGGAUGCGCGCAACCUUUGCGUCCAUACUGCAGGCGUUGCCGUUUCUUGUGCUCCAAAUGCCACUCGACGUUGCGCACCGGCAGCUUGCAGGCUGGCGGCGCGGCCGAGGCGGCCAGAAGCAGCAGCAGCAGCAGCAGCGGCCCUCCCUAUUCGAAGAAGUCGUGCUCUGCUGCGUGCGCUGGGCUUUUAUUCAUACGGAUCCCCGUGUUGGCCGCGUCUUCUUCUCUCGGUCGGUGGCACUGCCAUUUCACCGCUUUCGGCAGCUGCAGGCGCUUGGAGCCCGAGGCGGCUUCGUUCUCGGGUCGUCGCACUUUUACUUGGAAUUUCUGCUCGCAUGGGCGGCUCUACUGAUGGAAGGCAGUCCUGGGGACGAGAAGCCCGCUGGCUUCCGGAACCCGGCCAUCUUCAGUUUAGACUACACGUUGGCCCCGGAUGCUGUUUUCCCAGCCCAGAUCGACGAGGCUGCCCACGCUUACGCCCAUGUCCUGUCUACGGCGGCCCAGGGAGAGCCUGCGCGCAUUGUGGUUGCGGGUGAUUCUGCUGGCGGCACGAUUGUGCUUAGCCUGCUGCUCCGGCUAUCCCAGACCCCCCCUUUAGAACGGCCUGCACCCCCGCCCCUUCCCCUGCCGCUGCCGGGUAUGGCUGUCCUCAUAUCGCCGUGGGUGACUCUGCGGUCGCAGCGAUACCGCCGGUCGGCGAAUGACUACAUCGACGCCGAGACGCUUGUGAGUUACGCAGCCCUGUACGAGGGCAAGACGGCUGGCGCACCAGGGAUUUCAGGCGAAGACCCCGUCCUCUCGCCGGGCCAUUGUCGCGAAAGCAAAUGGUGGCGCCGAGCCUGUCCAGCCAAGGGCAUCUUUGCAACAUACGGCGCGGAGGAGGUGUUCGCGCCCGAGAUCCGCGCAUGGGUCGACCGUCUGCAGGCCGACGGCGUGGAUGUGCAGACGAGCGUGGACGAUGGCGGUCUUGGCGUGCACGCAUGGCCAGUUGCGUCGCUGUUUCUCGCGCGGUCGAAUGCCCGGCGUUUCGAAGGGCUUCGUCGCGUCGUCGGCGAAGUAACACGAAGGAUGCGUUAG